UGUGUCGGAAGCGGUCCGCACUAUCGUUUCUUCAAUGCGCAGGAGUUCGGGCGCGGUGCUUCGCAAGGAAGGCGGUAGCGGCGUAGCGCAUCAUGGCCAGCGCGAGCAAGAGGACACUGCGAUUGGAGUUGGACCUGUUGGCGGACGAAAGGGGCGGUGUGAUGGUGAAUUACCAGGAACUCGCCGAAAAGGCUUUGGCGGACUCAAACAGCAGAGCAGAAACGCGGACAGUGUCUCCUCUGCCGCCCCAACCGAAGUCGAUGAGAGAAGAUGAUCAGUUUCUUCCAAGUUUUCGGCGCAAGAAAGCGUCUUGGAACAUCCCAGACUUUCGCGCUCUCGCGGAUGGUUACGAAGAAGACUCCUUCAUUGAUGAUUCGGAAAUGUUUGAAGAGUCAAUCCCGGAUUCUCUAAAAUACGUGGGCUAUCGGAUUCGUUCGUACGCCAGCGACCAUUCGGACACAGAAUCCGAAUCGCCUUCGCAGACACUCUCCGGUUACAGUUCUCUCUCCGAGAGCAACUCCGACGCGUCUGUGAUAGAGCUGGUCGAACCUCAGCCUCCGAAGGCCAGUGUUGCCAAAGCAAAACCAAAACCCCUCAAGGCGAAAGAAAAACCGAAGAAAAACUCUCCCCAAAAGGAAUGGUCUCAAUUUUUGAAGAGGCUGGGCCAAAACGAGUCCAUGGAGAUCAUCUGUCUGGACAGGAAGACUCCGGUGGGCCGUCCACGACCGUCGGCCGCGGCCUCCCCGUCCUCGCCGUCCUUGCCUCUGCCGGCGAAACAGCGCCAUCCGUCGCCGCGCAGGCCGCGGUCGCCCCCGCCCGCGCUCCCGCUCAGCGCCAUGGUGCUCGCCACGCCCACCAAGAGGAGCCGCGAGCAGGCGGGCGCCAAGGCCGAGCGCGCCCUCGUGUCUCCCAGGGCGAUCAUCAUGGUGGACUUGUGCAACAGUCCCAAGGGCAAGCGAAACCCGCUCGACGAAGCCGCCGCCACCAGCCCCGUGCGCUCGCCCCCUGCCUCUGACGGCGCCGUUGCCGCCGCCUGCCCCCCGGCGCCCGACCCACCGCCGGAAGGUCCGCUUCUCAGGGUAUCUGAACGCGGGUCGUGGUCCCCGGACUCGGCCUUCGCUAGCUCCAGCACGGACGUGUCGCCGUCUGUCCCGGCCUCCCCUCCCGACGGCCUCGCGAAACCUGCCAGUGUGAAGCACACUGGCACGGGCAAGCGCACCGGAGGGUCGGCCUCGUCCGCCAAAGCUGCCAAUAAAGCUUCUUCCGGGAAGCGCGUUCAUAACGUAGAACAUUUAAAACGUUCAAAGCAGCCUCAACUAUCGCCAACAGUUGUCGCGCUCUUGGAUGAAGCCAUUACCAAACAUUCUGCCGAUGUGAAGCGUGAAAAGCAGGACGAUAUCCUUCUCAAGCUGGGAGAGGCGUGCCGAGAGCUGCCGGCGAUAGAUCGCAUGUUCGUGUACGACAAAAUGGCGGUCCACUGGGGCAUUUCUCCCAAGAAAAUUUCGAGACGUCUCAGUCGCUUGCGAGCCACAAGCGAUAAACAGCCCGUGAAGAACUCCCUUUCAAGGUUAAACGCGUUACUUGUGGCGGAGUCAAAGGAAGAUGUAUCGAAUGAAAAUGCAGCAGCUCUUUCUCCUAAGAUAAGGGCCCUCUCGGAAAGCCCGGACCUCAACAUUGACUCGGGGUCCAGCAAUGCGCUGACCAUCCGCAGCCCGCAUGCAUUCUCGCCACCGCCCCCACCCCCACCCCGCCUCGCGCGCUGGUCUGGCAGCGAGCGCUGUUCUUAA